AUGUCAUUGUCUCGAGCAGAAGAUUAUGAUCGACCACUCGUCACUGAUACAGAAAUCACACCAAUCCCCGAGCCCGAGAUCAAUUUCCAUGCCCGAAGCCAAUUUCCAGGCCCGAGGCCAAUUCCCGACAUCGAAGCCAAUCCCCGAGGCAGAAGUCAAUCCGCGAGCCCGAGAACAAUUCCCGACCUCGAAGCCAAUCCCAGAGCCCGAAGCCAAUCCCCGAGCCCGAAGCCAAUCCCAGAGGCCGAUGAAAAUUCCCGUGCCCGAAGCCAAUUCCCGAGACCUAAGUCAAUCCGCGAGCACGAAGACAAUUCCCAGGCUCGAAGCCAAUUCCCGAGCCCGAAGCCAAUCCAUGAGUCCGAGACCAAUUCCCGAGUCCAAAGCCAAUCCCCGAGCCCGAGAUCAAUUUCCAUGCCCGAAGCCAAUUUCAAGGCCCGAGGCCAAUUCCCGAGCCUGAAGCCAAUCCCCGAGACCAAUUCCCGACCUCGAAGCCAAUCCCCGAGGCAGAAGUCAAUCCGCGAGCCCCAGAACAAUUCCCGACCUCGAAGCCAAUCCCCGAGCACGAAGCCAAUCCCAGAGGCCGAUGAAAAUUCCCGUGCCCGAAUCCAAUUCCCGAGACCGAAUUCAAUCCGCGAGCACGAAGCCAACCCCCGAGCCCAAAGACAAUUCCCAGGCUCGAAGCCAAUUCCCUGUCCGAAGCCAAUCCCUGAGUCCGAGACCAAUUCACGAGCCCGAAGCCAAUCCCGAAUUUUUAUGUUAGACUAA